GGGGAUACACAUGCAGAGGUAUCUCGUUGCUUGACAGCUUAGAGAUAAAGAAGCGUAAGCUCCUUCGUGUGCUAAGUCACAGAAAUUUCUUCUGACCAUGAGUCCAGUUCAGCAGUUUGCGCUCGUUGCGGUGAUGCUCGCAUGCGCGCUCGGCGCUCCAGUGCGCGUCCCCGAGAUGAACUACACGGAGGGCAAGACACUGGCAUUGAAGCUCAACGAAAAAGCCAGACGUUUAUAUGAAGAGGUGGAGACCCCGACCGAGGUGGCUGCAGUCAGCGACCCUCCACUGAUGAUCAGGUCCGAGGACAAGUGUGAUCCUGAGAGUCUUAAGACAAACCCAGAGACUUGCAUGUCCAGGGUUGUUCUUGCUUUGAAGAACUAUAGCAGGAUCUUUGGGGACAGUGGAAUAUUUCAGGGCCAAAACACCAAAUGUGACAAGUGGAGAGCAAACGCUACAGUUGUAGCUGAGGUGAUGGAACAAAUCCUGGAAGCACUAAAGGAGCCAUCAGAUCCUCCGACACCUUUGAUGAUGGAUAACUGGAUGACUGAGGGCUACCUGUGCCGUGACAGCGUCGAGCGUCUCUACUCCUUCUCCAUCAUGACGGCUCGUGUCUUUAGCCAUUUGACUUCACUUCAAGAGUCAGCUUAAAUGAGAAUAAUGAGUGGUUAAUGAUUCUUUAUCAUGAUCAUGUUGGUCAAAAUGUGUUAAAUCUGCUGCAUUUUGAAGAAAUGUUCUCAUGAGUUAUAAGUUAAUUAAUAAUUACAUUCUGGAACUAUCAUGUUUUGCAUAAUAUAUUGUGUAUUUAUUAACUUAUUUAUUUUAACAAUAUUUAUUGUUAUUUAUUAAGUCAUCAUUUUGUUAUGUGCUGAGUACAUUACAGUAUGUUACAAUGUAACUUUGUUUUUUUUUUUUUGUUGUUUUUUUAAAAAAAAACAUAUUUAAUAAACUUCUAAACAAGCAGUACAAAGCAUUCACUUCCGUGUAUUUUUCCCCCUCUUUAAACUGCAUUUCCUAUGAAAUCUUUGCCUAUAGAGGAAUUGUGGCAGUGCACCAAUAAGGAAAUGACAUGGUCAAUAUGACUGAAUUUCCCAAUCUGCAGUCAAAGUCUGUUUGUAAGGAGAGGAGGAAGGUGUGCUUUCC